GAGAAGCCCCGCCCCCAGAGAAGGAUUGUCUCAGGGAGAGGAGUCAGGUGAUGCUCUGGCUCUUUCCGCCCCUUCUCUCUGGAAGCCACGAGGUACUUUACUUGGACUUCAUCUCUCCAUAAUCUUGUGUAGCCUUUGUUCGUGGCAUAAAAGGGGAAGAGGUUCUUCAACCAAGAUGGAAGCUGUUUUGGAGCCCAGAGUGAAGAUGGAGGAGCCAAACCAAUGUGGCCCCGAAGGAGGAAGAGAGCCCAAUACAAUGUGGGGCAGGAGAAGGGUUGUAUCCUGGGGGAGAACCGGGCAGGAUGCUCUAGAUGAGAAGGGGUUCAGUGCAGACUUCCAUGGGGCUGAUGGGCCCCGAGAGGUCUGCAGCCGCCUCCACUCUCUCUGCCGCCUGUGGCUGAAGCCUGAGGAACAUACCAAGGCGGAGAUGCUGGACCUGGUGCUCCUGGAGCAGUUCCUGGCCGUCCUUCCUGCGGAGAUGGAGCGCUGGGUGAGGGAAUGUGGGGCAGAGACCAGUUCCCAGGCCGUGGCUUUGGCGGAAGGAUUCCUCCUGAGUCGGGCAGAAGAAGAGCGGCAGGAGAGAGAGGUCCUUCAGGCCCAGGAGACCCCAGUGGAGACCAGCAAGAGGUUCUCUUCUGGGUGGAUUGGACUAGAGGACAACACAGGAGAGUCCUCUCUGGGAGGUGAGCCCAGGGUGCUGGGAAGACGUGGCAGCUCCACUCUUUCUGAUGCCAGAGAAGUGGCAUCAGCAUCAGUUCAACAAGAUCAGGUCAUGUUUGAGGAUGUGGCUGUACAUUUCAGUGAGGCGGAGUGGGCCUUACUAAAUACGGAUCAACGGUCCCUGCACAGGGAGGUCAUGGAAGAAAAUUAUAGGAUGGUGUCUUCUCUGGGUGAUGAUGGACAAGGGAGUGAAAAUGGGGGAGCUCCAAAUAAGAUGUGGCUGAAAACAGGGAGACGUAAAAAGGAAGCAGAAAGAAGCCCGAGAAUAGAAGCAGAAGGAUACAACAGGAAUCAGUGCCCUGUCGACACCAGGGAAAUAACAAUAGAACAAACAAUAGACGAAAACAGGGAGAUGGGAAACAGCCCUGUCUCUGAGAAUGGCUUCUUCAAGGAGGCAUCUAGUAUACACCCUGCACACAAUGAGAAACACAAAAUUGUGGACAUGCCAUAUAUAUGCCUGGAGUGUGGAAAAUGCUAUCCCAAAAAGAAUACCCUAAGAAGACACCAAAAAACCCACAUGGGAGAGAAGCCAUAUAAAUGCCUGGAGUGUGGAAAAUGCUAUCCCAAAAACAAUACCCUAAGAAGACACCAAAAAACCCACUUGGGAGAGAAGCCAUAUAAAUGUAAGAACUGUGGAAGAUGUUUCAUUGAGAAAGGAAAUCUCAAGAGACAUGAAAUCAUCCACACAGGAGAGAAGCCCUAUAAAUGCCUGGAGUGUGGAAAAGGUUUUACUAAUAAGAUCUCUCUUAUUGGACAUGAAAUGAAUCACAGAGGAGAGAAGCCCUAUAAAUGCCUGGAGUGCGGGAAGGGUUUCUGUUGGAAACUUAGCCUAAAACUUCACCAAAACACCCACAGUGGAGAGAAGCCAUAUAAAUGCCUGGAAUGCGGAAAGGGUUUUUCUGAUAAGAGGAUUCUCAUUGGACAUGAAAUGAAUCACAGAGGAGAGAAACCCUAUAAAUGCCUGGAGUGCGGGAAGAGUUUCACUUUGAGAGAUAGCCUAAGGCUGCACCAAAAAUCCCACAUGGGAGAGAAGCCAUAUAAAUGCCUGGAGUGUGGGAAACGCUUCCCUCAGAUAGAAGUCCUCACUGCACAUCAAAAAACCCACAGGGGAGAGAAUCCAUAUAAAUGCAUGGAGUGUGGAAGAUGUUUCUUUCUGAAAUCACACCUCAAGAGACAUGAAAUCGUCCACACAGGAGAGAAGCCCUAUAAAUGCCUGGAGUGUGGAAAAGGUUAUUCAGAUAAGAGAUCUCUUAUUGGACAUGAAAUGAAUCACCGAGGAGAGAAACCCUAUAAAUGCCUGGAGUGCGGGAAGAGUUACAGCCUUAAAGCUGUCCUUGCAGGUCACCAGAACAGUCAUAAACGAGAGAGUGGGAAGAGUUUGAGCUACAAAUCAGACCUCAAAAAUGUCCAGGAUACUCUUAUAGAAGGCAAAACCAAAGACAUGUCUGGAGUGAGGGAAAAGCUUCCACGGGAGAGCAAGUCUCAAGGCCCACUAAAAAACCCACACGGGAGAGAAGUCAAAAAGCCUCGAUUCUGAGAAGUGUGAACUGCAAAUCAAUCCUCAAAGAUUACCGGAAUGUUCAUAGAAAGAGAAAUUGUACAUAUUCCUGCCUUGUGGGAAGAGAUGAGUUGCACAACAAGCUUCACAAAGUAGUAGAAAACUACUUUUUUCCCACAAGAUGGCGCCGAGGCAAUAAGCCUCGUACGGAGCUCUGAGAAGCAAAAUAUUCUAUCUGCUCUAAUCGUCCUUGCUUGCCUCAGCUCAAUUUGAAUCUGAGCAUCCCUUCAACCUUCUGAGGGACUGGAAUGAGGGCGGAUUCCAGAGGAAUUCAGGAGGAUUAGGUAGGCGAAGAGAAAAGAAGAUCUGGAGGGUAAGAUGGGGCACGGCCGCCAUUAAUUUGGCUGAGAGAGACUCCUCGCUCCCUGCCCUCCUUCCUUCGCCUCUUUGCUUCUUUGCAUCUGUUCCAUCUGCUCCAGAGGUGACAGGAGCUCUGCUCCUUCGGCACGCUGCUGUUUGGGAGGCUGCUGACUUUACGAGCCAUCUCUCCGUCCUGGGAGGUGGCUCCCUCCCUCCCUGCUGAUCAGCUGCUAGGCCACCGAGCCAUUCUGGGAGGUGGCCGAAGAACUCAGCCGACCCUUCCCAGCAGAGCUGGUCCUUCUCAGCAGGCUCUCGCUCUCCUGAGCCCAAAGUGCUGCCUUGCCAUCUCGGGAGGCAGCAGGAGCCCCAGUCUUUUCCCAUGGGCUGUUGCUGAGCGGACGUCAGACCACUGGGAAGUGGCUGAAGAACUCAGCCAGCCCUUUCCAGCAGGCACUCGCUUUUCUGGGCCCAACGUCUCACUUCAUCAUCCCGGGAGGCUGCAGAAGUCCCAGUCUUUGCCGUGGGCUGCGGCUGUUGGACCACUGAGCCACCUCGCCGUUCCGGGAGGUGGCCGAAGAGCCUAGCAGAUCUUCCAAAGGCCUUUGCCCUCCUUGGGCCCAACGCGCCACCUCGCUGUCCCGGGAGGCGGCAAGAGUUCCAGCUGCGCGCCAUCAGGUGUCUGGUCAACCAUCAAGCUAUUCAGCAACAUUACCGACCUGGGAGGUGUGAGCAGCGCCAGAAGUCACUACACUGUCUACCAUCCGAUUACAUUGCAGCUUGCCAUCUUAGCCCUUAUCCUUUUUUUUUUUAAUUUAAUUUUUUUUAUUUUAUUUUUUUUAUUAUUUUUCCUUUCUUUGAUUUUUAUUUUAGUUUUAAAUGUGGGAGUGAGAAAGUUUUAAUUUAAUUUAACAGGGGAGGAGAUAUUUGACUGUGAUAGGAAGUGGGUUUGCGAGACUGGUAUUAAAGAUCAUAGGAAGUGAUCACAUAGGA